AUGCCAGGAAAAUUAACACUUACAUGUGAGUCCGGGGACCAGAGAAGGUGGCCUUUGGAGAGGAUUGAGGUGACCAAGGUGUGUACCUUCACAUUGCUGGUCCACUACCAGGAGGUGCCCAUCUGGGAUGGAGAAUGCGAGGCUGUGGACGGAGGGAGAUGGAUGAGCGGGAGUUCCGUUCGUGUCCCUGCUUUGUAUCUCAAAUGGGGCUUUUCUGCUGCUCUACUUGCAGCCAUUGUUGGAAUAUACCUGUUACCAUCUCCAAUAGACCCAGAACCAUUCAUGUUUGAUAAACCUCCUCAUUUGGUGGGACCAUUGGCUGUCAACAGAAGGAUCCAUGAAGGAACAAGGCUCUUCUAUGGACAACUGAAGGGUCCAGAAUCAUUUACUAGUGAUCAUGAAGGCAACCUUUACACUGGCACGGUGGAUGGAAAGUUGUGGCGGAUUCAUGGAGAACACUUACAACUCGUAACCCAAAUGGGGAAGAAUGUGUCAGGGUGUGGUGAGUCACCAAAUCAACUUCUUUGUCUUAAACAUACUCUGUUGCAUAACAAACAAAG